GCCGGAAACCACCGAAGAAGAAGAAAAAGAAGAAGGCGCGCGCUCCUUCGAAGGCUUUCGCACUAAACUUUGACGUGAUCGAUUCAUUGAUUAGGAUCAAGUUCGAAGAGGAUCAGGAUGCUGAAUGAGAAGAAAACAAGUGCUCCCACUGAUCGCGCUAACAUGGUGGCCGCCACCGUCUUCUUGCUGGGCGUGGGAACCUUGCUGCCGUGGAACUUCUUCAUGACCGCCUCCCAGUAUUUCAACCAGCGGCUGCUCCCGCCUCCUGCGGCCAACGCGUCGUCGGGGGCGACCGGCGCGGACUACAACUACGACAGCUGGAUGGCGCUGGUUUCCCAGCUGCCUUUGCUGCUCUUCACGCUGCUCAACUCCUUCCUCUACCGGCGGGUGAGCGAGCGCCUCCGCGUGGCCUUCAGCCUGGUGGCCAUCUUCCUGCUCUUCUCCCUCACCGCCGCUUUGGUCCACGUCUCCAUGGAGCCACGCACCUUCUUCGCCGUCACCAUGGCGACCAUCUGGUGCAUCAACAUGUUCAGCGCGGUCCUGCAGGGCAGCCUCUUCGGGCUGGUGGGCCUGCUUCCGCCCGGUUACAGCACCCUCUUCAUGAGCGGCCAAGGUCUGGCCGGGAUGUUCGCCGCCGUCGCCAUGCUGUCCUCCAUCCUAGGGAACCCGGACAUGGAGUCUGCGGCGUUGGGAUACUUCAUCACGCCGUGUGUGGCCACGCUGGGAACGCUGCUGUGCUACCUGCUGCUGCCUCACCUGACGUUCGCUCGCUUCCACCUGAGCAGGUGUGAUGAAGAGGAGGAGACGAGGAAGACGAAGGUUCUGCUCAGCAGCGCAGACGAGAAGGAGCAGGUGAGCGAGGACCACGGCGAGCGCUCCUCCGUCCUGCUGGUCUUCAAGAAGAUCUGGAUCAUGGCGGCCUGCGUCACCUGCGUGUUCGCCGUCACGCUGUCCGUGUUCCCCGCCGUCACGGUGCGGGUGGAGAGCGUCUACACGCACAGCGCCACCUGGGGUCACAUCUUCACCUGUGUUUGCUGCUUCAUCGUCUUCAACGCCAUGGACCUGCUGGGCCGCAGCGCCCCCUCGCUGGCACAGUGGCCACCAAAAGACAGUUGGCUGUUUCCCGCCGCCGUCGCGUCCCGCCUCGUCUUCGUCCCUUUGCUGAUGACCUGCAACAUCCCCCACUCCAAGCUCAGCGUCUUCUUCCGUCACGACGCCGCCUUCGCCACCAUCAUGGCGCUCUUUGCCUUCUCCAACGGCUACCUGGCCAGCCUCUGCAUGGCCUACGCCCCCCAGCUGGUUCGUCAUAAAGACUGCGAGACGGCAGGCUCUCUGAUGACGUUCUUCCUGGUCCUGGGCUUGGCCAUUGGAGCGUCGCUGUCCUUCCUGCUCGUCAAGCUACUGUAGACCUCCUUCCUGCUCCUAGUCAAUAUACUGUAGACCUACUUCCUGUCAAGCUGCAUCAUCCAUCAGAAGAAACACAAAAGACGUGACAAAACAAACUGCACUCUUCUUCUUUUACUCACCUUUUAUUUUGAAAGCACGACUUGAUCUAUUGAGGACAUUAUAAAUCCUAUCAAGCAGUGCAAAGUGAAAAUUGUGAAGACAUUUUGUACUCACUGUAAGUAGAAAUAUGCCUUCAUCAUUUUGACAGCGCUUUAGUGAUCAAGGGUGAUGGGUCAAAUGCAGAGAAUAAUUUCGCCACACCUAGUGUGUGUGUGUGUGUGUGUGUGUGUGUGUGUGUGUGUGUGUGUGUGUGUGUGUGUGUGUGACUAUCAUUGGUACUUUAACUUUAACUUAUAAAUAUAUAUUUCUCAUGUAAAUAACCAAGCAACGCUGUGACAUCACAGCUGUACUGAGCUCCAAUUGGCUGAAACUCAUUUGUGUUUCUAUUAGAAAAACAUUUCAUAAUCCAACCCAUUUUCAUUUGCGUUGAUUGUUUUUAUGAAUUAUUUAUGACUUUUUUUUAUAUAUGUAUGUAUUUUUUAAAUUUAAUUAAAAAACUUUUUUACUUGUGGCGAGUGAAAAGCUUUUUUUUGU